GCUUGUAAGGGAGAGCGAGAGAGUGAGGGAGUCUAUAUUGGUCUUCCAUUUCAUUUUAUAGCCUUAUUAUUCUUCCUUCCCAUGCGCUCUCUGUUUGUUUGCAGGGAGUGAGUGAGUGAGUGGCAGCGUAGAUUGAUUGCCACCAGGUGGUUGAUAUAUCCAUCCAACUAGGGUUUGUUUGUUUGGCACCAACUGAGGUUGUGAGCGCCCUUGUUGUUGUUGUUGCUAUCCAUAUCCUUCUCCAGCACUUCACUUGACCCUCUCCCUCCUCCGCAACCCCUUCCUCCUACUUAUUCUACAUUCUCUACACCUCCCUCCCCCUCCCUUGAUUGAUUGGUCGCAUCUUGCGCGUUGUGUGACGGUUUUGAAAAUUGGUAGAUCCGUGGAGAAUCGCCAUGGUGAAGCUCACCCUCAUAGCAAGGGUGACGGACGGGUUGCCGCUCGCUGAGGGGCUGGACGAUGGCCGCGAUCAGAAGGAUAUCGAGUUUUACAAGCAGCAAGCGAAACAGUUGUGCAAAGAGCUUUCUCGGCGCCAACAUGAGGCCUCCCGGAUGUCUGUGGAGACCGGGCCUUUUUUUUUCCACUACAUUAUAGAAGGAGGUGUAUGUUAUCUUACUCUCUGCGAGCGAUCAUAUCCGAAGAAACUUGCGUACCAGUACCUUGAGGAGUUGCAGCGGGAAUUUGAGAAAGUUAACAGGUCCCAAAUCGAGACGGUUGCGAGACCUUAUGCUUUCAUCAAAUUCGAUACAUUUAUUCAAAAGACUAGAAAGCUCUAUCAGGACACUCGAACUCAGAGAAAUUUGUCUAAGCUCAAUGACGAUUUAUACGAAGUUACCCAAAUCAUGACUCGCAACAUUCAAGAGGUUUUGGGCGUUGGAGACCGGCUUGACCAGGUGAGCCAGAUGUCGAGCAGAUUGUCCACAGAAUCCAAGUUCUAUGCAGACAAAGCAAAAGAUCUGAAUCGGCAGGCUUUGAUAAGAAAAUGGGCACCUGUUGGGAUUGUACUUGGGGUGGUGCUACUACUUUUCUGGUUUCGUCGAUUGUUCUGGAGUUAGCAAAUUCUCGAAGGUGAGGAUAGGAAGCAUCUUACGGACCAUUCCCAAGGUCGUAUAAGUUGGAAUUCUUUCAUCAAUAGUCGCCUUAUAGUCUGAUAGAGCAUCUUCUCGUUCCGUUGAGUUCCUGUCUACAUGAUCCUCCUAUUCCGCGCAUCACAACUGUGAAGAUGUCAGUCUUAAAAGACUGUUGAAUUUGGAAGAGUCGAAUGUGUUGACUGAGUUGCGACUGAACGUCAACUUCAUGUACGUUUAAACUGAAGAAGGUCUUGUAGGUCACUUAGUUAUCUUUAGCCUACCUAAACAGUAUGACUCAAGACGGUCAUCUCUCGAGUCCGAGUCACCAACGUAGCAAUCAACUGUAAGUGCUUACAUUUUUUUGCGGUUUGAAAUAGGGAAUUCUACUCAGUGGUGGACAUGAUUGACUUGUUCUGGUGCUUCUUUCCCAUCAAUAAGUUUUUCUAAUGCGUCGAAUUUCAUUCUGAUAGGAUGAUGAUUAUCAUCCAUAAUACACAUUUUUUGAACUUGUUUCUAUCU